AAUCACCGGAAGUAGACCUUUUCAUUCCUGGGUUUUAAAUUCCCAGCGGUCGCUCUUCCUGUUCACUAACUGCUCUCUCCGCCAUUUUCGGUAGCUGGUGUCGCAGAGGUGGUUGUCGUGGUUAUUUGUUCACUCAAGUCAGGUUUAACGACGAUUAACUCGUUAAUAUCUGAGAUAACACAGUAUUUUUAACAAGGCGCUAAACUACGCAAAAAGAUGUCUACCGAGCAGGCCGAAGCUCCUACCGGGACCGAGAAAGCAGCCCAGCCGCCCCAGCAGCGGCCCCCGCAGCAGCAGCAGCAGCAGGCCGGGGAGGUGAAUGGGAAAGCCAAGCAUGAGCCCAAUUCCAGCAGGAAGGAGAGGCCCCAGAAGAGAGGUGGAGGCGGGCGCUACGAUCCCUAUGGAAACGCAAACAAAAGAUACCGAGUUUUUGUCAGCAACAUUCCAUACGAUGUGAAAUGGCAAGCUCUCAAAGACCUGAUGAAAGAGAAAGUGGGUGAGGUAACGUACGUGGAACACUUAACGGACGCAGAAGGCAAAUCGAGGGGUUGUGCUGUUGUUGAGUUUAGGACUGAAGAGCUAAUGAAGAAAGCAGUGGAGAAGGUCAACAAGCAUAACCUCAAUGGACGCCCCCUCAAAGUGAAAGAGGACCCAGAUGGUGUGAUUGCUCAGAGAGAAAUCAACAAGGGUCAAGGUGGAGGUCCUCCAGGGGGCCAUGGAGGCAUGGGCGGAGGCAUGGGAGGAGGAAUGGGUGGAGGAAUGGGAGGUAUGGGUGGCAUGGAUCGAAUGGGCCCAGGACCAAAUGGCUCCAUGGUCAACAUUCCCCCUAGCCUGAUGAACAACCCCAACAUCCCCAAUGAGAUCAUCCACGGUCUCCAGGCCGGCAGGAUUGGCAGCACUGUCUUCGUGGCAAAUCUUGACUACAAAGUGGGCUGGAAGAAGCUGAAAGAGGUGUUUGGCAUGGCCGGCAUGGUGGUGAGGGCUGACAUUCUUGAGGACAAGGAUGGGAAAAGCAGAGGCAUGGGCACAGUAACAUUUGAUAUGCCCAUUGAAGCAGUCCAAGCUGUCUCUAUGUUUAAUGGUCAGCUGUUAUUCAACAGAGUCAUGCAUGUCAAACUGGAUGAGAAAUCCCUCCCCAAAGAUUUUGGACCACCUGAAAGAUCGGCGGCUGCUCUUCCCCGUGGCCUGAGUGGUAUUGGUUUGGGCCUGGGACCUGGUGGCCAGCCCAUUGAUGCUACCCAGUUGAACAGAGGAGGUGGAGGUGGUGGCGGCGGAGGAGGAGGAAUGGGCAACAUGGGCCCUGGAGGUAUGGAUGGCAUGGGCUUUGGCAACAUGGGAGGUCGUAUGGGAGGCGGCGGUGGCGGUGGUGGAGGAGGAGGAAUGGACAACUUCGGAGGAAUGAACAACAUGGAUCGAUUCGGUUCUUCCGGGAUGGGCAGAAUGAACGAGAUGGACCGUGGGAUUGGUGGUGCUUUUGACAGGGAGUUUGGGCGAAAUGAAAUGGGAAUGUCACGCAAUAAUUUUGGAGAUUCCUUUGAAAGAGGAAUGGGAAACUCCAUGGGUAUGGACCGCAUGAGCUCUGGAAUGGACCGCCUGGGAGCCAGCAUGGACCGAAUGGCAGGGAUGGACCGCAUGGGCAUGGACAGGAUGGACCGCGGGUCUGACCUGGAAAGGCUGGGCUCCGGGUUUGACCGGAUGGGCUCUGGGAUGGACCGGCUGGGGCCCAGUAUGGACAGGCUUGGACCAGGCCUGGACCGUAUGAGCUCCAGCAUGGACCGCCUCGGACCAUCUGGGUUUGACCGGUUGGGCCCGUCCGGUUUGGACCGCAUGGGUUCUAGCCUGGACUUUGGCUCUCCAAUGGGUAUGGAUCGCAUGGGCAACACCGGGCUUGACAGAAUGGCGAGCAGCUUCGACCGCAUGGGCUCGGCUGGAGGACUCGAUCGCUUUGCCUCCGGUGGCCUCGACCGCAUGAGCUCCGGCAUGGAUCGCAUGGGGUCUGGAGGUGUCGGUGGUCAGUUUGAUCGCUCUGCUGACAUGGAUCGUGGAUUUGGUGGGAAUUCCUUUGGAGGAGCUGGAGGGCCUGGAACUGGGGGAGGCAAUGUCAGGAAAGGAUGCCAGAUCUUUGUGAGAAAUCUGCCAUUUGACUUCAACUGGAAGAUGCUGAAGGAUACCUUCAACACAUGCGGCAUGGUUCAGUAUGCAGACAUUAAGAUGGAGAACGGCAAGUCCAAGGGCUGUGGUGUGGUUCGAUUCGACACCCCUGAAACUGCUGAGCGUGUUUGCCGGACCAUGAAUGGCUAUCGGCUGAACGGGAGAGAAAUUGAUGUUAGGAUUGAUAGGAAUGCAUAAGUUUAUUUGUCUGCAUUUCAUCUGAUAUUUCCUUUAGUCUUUAAUGUCCAAACAGUCUGUUUCAUCUGAAUUGCCCUUCAGAGCAUUCAUGUUAUAUUCACUUGGUUUGUUAGAUAUUUGUAUCAGUGAAAAUGUUAUUUUAGUUAGUAAUUUGUCACAGUGAAUGUGUUGUUUUAGUUUUUUUUUGCUUUUACUUUUUUUAGAGACCAAAUUUUAAUUUUUUUUUCUCUCUUGCUUCACUUGUCAUUGCCUUUGAUAUAUAAGGUGUUUUGAUAAAUAAACCUCAGUAUUUGAAAUGCUU